CAUCGCCAUUGGUCAAAUCUGGAUCCGCGUACCUAUUGGCUGUUUUAGGCACAUCCUUGUCUUAGCCAAUCGAAAGUCGUGCCUUCCGCCGAAGAGGUAUAUAAGGCCGAGCUCGGAACUUGAAUUUAUCAUCGUCGGUUUUUGACUGCAUUUUUCUGCUGUAGUCAUGUCCGGGCGCGGGAAGCAGGGCGGCAAGGCGCGCGCCAAGGCCAAGUCGCGCUCGUCGCGGGCCGGGCUGCAGUUCCCCGUGGGCCGCGUGCACCGGCUGCUGCGCAAGGGCAACUACGCGGAGCGCGUGGGCGCCGGCGCGCCCGUGUACCUGGCGGCCGUGCUGGAGUACCUGACGGCCGAGAUCCUGGAGCUGGCGGGCAACGCGGCCCGCGACAACAAGAAGACGCGCAUCAUCCCCCGCCACCUGCAGCUCGCCAUCCGCAACGACGAGGAGCUCAACAAGCUGCUGGGCAAGGUGACCAUCGCGCAGGGCGGCGUGCUGCCCAACAUCCAGGCCGUGCUGCUGCCCAAGAAGACCGACAGCCACAAGGCUAAAACCAAGUAAGCGCCGAAGAAUAAAGGCUGCGAAGUUUAACCCAGAGAAACCCAAAGGCUCUUUUAAGAGCCACCUACAAACUCCGAGAAAGAGCUUGAUUUUCAUUACAAUGGUGACAGGCCAUGGAAGGUUUUGUAGCGCUUGUCUCGGGUAUUGUAAUUGUCAGUGCCUGACGCAGUUCCGCGCACACAGCACCAGCCCUACGCUGUCUUACUUCGCUCAGGGGCGGGGCUGACAGCAGUCCCAGGAAGCGGGUCAGCCCUUCAGCAACCAAUCCCUGCGCCUUGUAGGCAGUUUGAAAGCUACCAAGGCGCUGCUACCUUCCCCCUACCAAUUCAAGUGCCCCUCGAGCUGUUCCUGGACUCAAACAGCACAUUCACCAGCAGACUGCUGUUCCCCCUCACCCCUCCCCAAACCGGCGGCAGCUACAGCAUUUCAGCCUGUUUGCGAAAAUGUUGAUGGCUCUUAAAAGAGCCGUUGGAUUUAAGUGCGAAAUAAGACUAUUUCCAUAUGGGGCUUACUUCUUGGGCGCUGCCUUUUUGCCUUAGCCGCUUUUGGCUUGGCUACCUUGGGCUUCACCGGCUUCACCUUAGCCGGGCUCUUCGUUGCUGCCACCACUUUCUUGGGCCUGACAGCCUUUGUCACCUUGGGACUCUUGGCUGCUUUCUUGGCUGCAGGCUUAACUUUCUUGGAGCUUUUCUUUGCUGUCACUGCCUUCUUGGCAGCGCUGGCGGGCUUCUUAGCCGCCAGCUUCUUGGGCUCGAUUACUGUGUAUUUUUUCUUCUUAAGAGCCUUUUCUUUCACUUCCCCGGGU